AUGACACCUAUGACAAAUGUGUUUACAUUAGAGAGGACCCUGACCGAUAUUACUAAUGCAACUCCUACAAGUGUAUUGGAUUUUGCUCAAAGGAAGUCGAUUAAGAAUAGAAAUGCAUAUCAACGACGCAAGGAACGAAACUCACCGACAACACCUAUUGAAAUUAGUCAUGAGGAUCCAUAUAACUUUGUUUAUAAUGGUAUCCCUAAAGAACAUCGUGUUUUGAAGGUGCAGAAACCAUGUGUUCAUUGUGGAGCAAAACGAUUUCAAUUUGAAUUCCCUACCUUUUGUUGCAUGGAUGGUAAGACAAAGUUAGCACAUUCCUCUAUUCCUGAAGAGCUACUCAAUCUCUUCACAUCCAGAAACGAAUUAGGUAGGACCUUUAGACAAAUGAUACGUUGCUACAACAACAACUUUUCUUUCGCAUUAAUGGGCAUCAAUUAUGAUAAAACAUUGACAAAUAUGACAUCUGGAGUAUACACUUUUUGUGUGAAUGGAGGAGUAUAUCAUAGAAUCGAUCAGUUAACUCCAAGAGAUGGAAUACCUCGGUACUUACAAUUGUAUUUUUACGAUGCUGAUUAUGAGAUGUCACAUAGACUCCAGAGGAAGAAUAUUGAUAAAGAAAUUGCUGAAAAUUUAAUUCGUGUUCUUGCUACAAACCCAUACGUGAAGACAUUUCGAAGACUUGCUGAUCUAGGACCGCUUGACAAUUACAAAGUCACUUUAAAUGCAUCGGUAGAACUUGAUCAAAGGGUAUACAACCGACCAACCACAUCUGAGGUUACUGGUAUUUGGGUUGAAGGUAACGACAACAUAGCCGCAUAUAAACGAAGUAUUAUCGUUUAUGGAAAAUCCGACAAACCGCAAACAAUUCAGUGUUAUUGGGGAUGUUAUGAUCCAUUGUGUUAUCCUUUAUUUUUUCCUAAUGGUGAGUCUGGAUGGCAUUAUAAUAUCCCAAGACAUGGAUUUCCCAUCAAUAAUAUUAUUAAUGACGAUGAAGAAUGCGAGGAGGAUUUAGAAGACUCUAAUACAAAAACAGGGCGGAAUACUGUAAGUAUGCGAGAGUACUAUUGCUAUAAGUUUCAAAUCCAGUCAACUUAUAAUGUAAUUUUGUUGGGAGGGAGAUUACUACAAAAAUUUGUGGUAGAUAUCUACAUCAAGCUUGAGACUUCACGUUUGGAAUUUUUUAGAAAAAAUCUGUCCAAAAUAAGAGCUGAUUUAUACCAAGGUCUUGUGGACUGUGUUAAUGCUGGUGAGGUUCGACCGACUAUGAUAGGGAAACGUGUUGUGUUGCCUGCAAGUUUCAUCGGAGGCCCCCGUGACAUGCGACAACGAUUUCUUGACGCCGUGACUUUAGUUCAAGAUGAUGGGAAGCCUGACAUAUUCCUAACAAUGACAUGCAAUCCAAACUGGCCAGAAAUAAAAAAUGAGUUACUCCCCUGGCAGACAGCUCAAGAUCGACCAGACCUUGUGUCAAGAGUUUUUCGUGCUAAGUUAGAGGAUCUUAAGAAACAACUCUUCAAGAAGCACAUCCUUGGUGUGGUGGGCGCACACGUUUAUGUCAUUGAGUUUCAAAAACGCGGUUUGCCACAUGCACAUUUCCUCUUGAUAAUGAUGCCUCCACACAAGCUUACUAAUGUAGACCAGUAUGACAAAAUAGUAUGUGCUGAAAUUCCAGACCCAAAAAGGCAUCCUAAAAUGCAUGAACUGGUUGUCUCACACAUGAUACAUGGUCCUUGCGGUAGCUUAAAUUCAGAUUGUCCUUAUAUGAAUAAUGCACAAAAGAAAUGUCGUUUUCGAUACCCUCGACAAUUCAACGAAACCACGUUACAAGGAAAGGACUCAUAUCCUGUGUACCGAAGGAGGGAUAAUGGUAUAGAGGUUGACAUACGAGGCCAUAAGAUGGAUAACAGAUGGGUGGUCCCGUAUAACCGAAAGUUGUUAAUGAUGUUUAAUUGUCAUAUGAACGUUGAGGUCUGCUUGAGUAUAACCUCUAUGAAAUAUGUGUUUAAGUAUAUUUACAAAGGUCACGACAAACAAGUUAUCAAUAUUGAUCCGGAUGGACAACCUGUUGUUAUCAAUGAGAUAAAACGGUUUCAAGAUGCACGAUAUGUCUCGCCUCCCGAGGCAAUAUGGAGGAUUUCUAGCUUCCCUCUUUCUCAGAUAUACCCUUGUGUAAUGGCUUUACAGGUGCAUCUCCCAGGUCAGCAGAUGGUUAGGUUGAGUGAGGAUGAUAUGUUGACUGACAGAUUUUCCAAAAAAAAAUUUACGUGGGAUCCGAAUUUACGUCGUUGGAAUCGUCGACAACAAGGACUAAUGCGAGGUCGUUUGGUUUCUGCUAAUCCCCCUGAAGGGGAGCGAUACUACCUUCGACUCCUUUUAUCACAUAUUAGUGGCCCGACAUGUUUUGAAGAUCUCUACACAGUCAACAACAUAAAACACCCAACAUUUCGAAAAGCAGCUCUUGAAAGAGGGUUAAUAGAGUCCGAUGAUGGUUUAUCACAAUGUCUUACAGAGGCAUCUUUCUUUCAAUUUCCCAAUGCUCUUAGAAGGUUGUUUGCAAUGAUUUUGGUUUUUUGCGAGCCAGGAGAUGUUCAUAUGUUAUGGAAUGACCACUACAAUGCACUUUCAGAAGAUAAUAGGCGACAAUACGGAAGUAUCGAGAGAGUCCAGAAUAUGGUCCUCACCGACAUCAUGGUAUUCCUACAAUCUAUGGGUGAUGAUAUUGAUGAUUUUGAUAUUCCAAAGAUAGAUCAAAAUGUCGAUUUAGAAUUUGGAGUUUUUCGUGAGGUACAAGAAGAAUGUUCUAUAGUUAUAGAAUCUGAACAUUUAAUGGCCCGAGAUUUUCUCAAUCCUGAACAGAAAUUUGCAUAUGAUGAGAUCAUGCGGCAUGCCGAUAAUGAUAUUCCAGGAGUGUUCUUCAUAGACGGUCCCGAUGGAACAGAAAAGACAUUUUUGUACAAAGCUUUACUUGCUAAUAUCCGUUCGUGUAGUCAUAUUGCACUCGCCACCGCUUCAUCGGGUGUUGCGGCUAAUAACAUGCCAGGGGGGAGAACAGCUCACUCUCGCUUUAAAAUUCCCAUCAAUCUUGAAAAUAACUCGGUCUGCAGGAUUUCAAGACAAAGUGGCACUGCUCAACUGCUUCGGACUGCAAACGUCAUCAUUUGGGAUGAAGCGUCGAUGGCUAAAAGACAUGCAUUAGAGGCUAUUGACCGUACAAUGAAAGAUAUCACUGGGGUGAUGCUACCAUUUGGUGGAAAGAUAAUGGUUUUAAGAGGUGAUUUUAGACAAGUGUUUCCGGUCGUUAGACGUGGAACACGAGCACAGACAGUUAAUGCUUGCAUACGGAUGUCGCCUCUUUGGUUUUCGAUUGUCAAGUUGCGGUUAACUAUAAAUAUGAGAGCACUAACCGAUCCAUGGUUCUCAGACUUUCUAUUACGUGUCAGUGAUGGAGUUGAAGAAACAGUGCACGAAAGCUUUAUUCGCAUCCCUGAUGAUAUGGAGAAGGAAGAGAUCCAUUGGUAA